GUCGACCCAUCCAAGCGGACCGUUUGCGUCGGCUACACCGAUGGCACCAUCCGUGCCUUUACCGCCUGCGCUGACGGCUUCCUGCAACUCCAGGCACUGAAGCCGCACAAGUGCAUGGUGAAGCAGCUCAAGUACAGUGGGGAAGAUGCGGGCUUGAUGGCAACACUUGGAGAGGACAACUCGGUGUUCUUCUUCCAGGUGCAGAUGCUCUCGGAGCAUGCCAUCCCUGUUGGAUUUGUGUCGAUCCCAUCUACCGUGAACUUCUUCGCUUGGGAUGACACCUCAGGCAAUGUCCUCCUCAGCUUGGGCGACGGAUCUCUGCUGGUCCUCAAGAGUCCGAUACCGGAGUCGGUCGACAACACGGAGUCGUACGACAUUUCGGUGAACUACAUCUCCGUCAUGCCGGAUGUCCCUGAGAUCGAAGAUUCUGACGAUGAGGAAGAGGACGAGGAGGACGCCGAGGAGGCCCCCGAAGGCGAAGGGGACGGCGAAGCCUCGCCCACUGCGGAGGAGCAGCCAGCAGAGACGGAGGGUGAGGCAGACGUGGACGAGGAGGGCAAGAAAAAGAAGAAGAAAAAGAAGAAGGAGAAGGAGCAGAAGGCAAAAGACGAGGACGAGGACGGCGAGGGGCAGAAGGAGGUCAUCGUGACAUCUGUCUCGCGAGCGAUCUACAUUCCCGGUGAGG